AUGCUAGGAGUACGGGAUGAAAACGGCACGAAUACUAUAGAGCGACCUCGAAAGCAUAGUAGAAGUCAAAUGGGGGUAAUUGAGUCCUCGCAAGCUAAUGAGGAAGAGGAUGAGGAAGGGGAUGAAGAACUUCUGGAAGAAUGGGAGGACGACGAAGGCGAGACUCGGUGCAUAUGCGGUGAUAUGGAUCCUCCUGAUGUAUCCGGGCUUUAUAUUCAAUGCGAGGAGUGUGCAGUGUGGCAACAUGGAUACUGCGUGGGCAUAGGCGAAGGAGACAACACUCCAGACAAAUACUGGUGUGAACAAUGCAAACCAGAACUACAUUCAGUAUAUAAAAACGAGUCUAAUCAGAAGCGUUCGUACUAUAAACCAGUAAAUCAGCGCAGGAGGCAAAAUAGGCGUGCGAAGCGAAGUUCCGAGCGUUCUACUGAACAGCCAAUGAUGGAUCCUGAAGAUGAGGUAUUUGUCAAGCACGAAAGAAAGUCUGAAGAAGAGGACGAUAAAAACUUAAGGACCAGGGAUAGCGCCAAGAGCGAAAGAAGUACAGCUUCUCUUGAGGAGAAUUCACAUAAUAACGUAAGCUCUCCAAACGGCAACGAAGAGGAGGAAAAGAGACUUUUAAAUAGGAAGCGCGCUACCCUAAGUGCAAGGGAGGAGAAACAAUACCAAUUAAUGCUGGAAAAGGCUAUCCAAGAGAGUAGGCGUACAUCACAACCUGAGGAGUCAUUGAGAGUGGACGAUGAAAACGAACUUUCGGAUAAGGGACUGUCAGGUAGUGACAGUUCACCACCAACCGCAACUUCCACUACGUCCGUAGGGACGGCCGCUAUGCCACCAACUUCAAAACAAGAGUCAAAUAAGGGGUCAACAGUAGAAGACUCUGCCACUAAUAAGCAAUCACCUUCACCCGCACCUUCUUCCACAACUAGAAAACGUACCAGAGGCAAGUCUGCCAAUUCAAACUCAUCCUCGGAAGACGAUGGAUCACGGAAGAAGUCAAGAAGGGGUGGCACUAGAAAUUCUUCUAGUGCAACUGGGGACGCAUCUCCUCCUGGAGCACGUGGAAAUAGUUCUACAAGCGAGAUCACGGCAAAUUCCGACAUUAGCAUAAACAAACCUAUUAAACCAAGGUUGCCAACACAAAGGACCUCUUUAUCAGAGAUGCAAAGAAGAAUAAAUGCAAUUCUUGAAUUUUUAUCUCGAACGCAAGUUGAGUUUAGCCAAGAUGAAAGGGGAAAGAACCAUUUGGUUCAAUUUGUCGAGAAUGAUGCCUUUAUGACCAAGAUAAACGAUAUUUUCAAGGAUUACGACCGAUCUUUGAAGAUGAUGGAUUCAUUGACCAGAAAACUAUUGUUAUGGGAACAAAAGUACUCCAGUAAUAGAUCAGCGACGUGA